CGGAUUUCUGUAGAUGUCAACUGUCAUUUCGAGAUAGACGCUAGUCUGAGACGGAGAGAAAACGUAGUUUGUUGGCACUUAUCCAAAGUAAAACGAACUACAAACAUAUCUUUCCACUCCUCAGACAUUUAGGCAACGAUUCUGCUUUUAAUCUGAAGCAAAAAAGACACUGGUUACUCGGAAAAGCUGAGGAGGGGUGUGACUGAUCUCAGAUCAGAGCCACACGCGCGUCAAGCUGCCUAUACAGAGGUCACUGCGCCAGGCUAUGUGCCAUCUAAAGCCAGUGACAAAGAAAAAAUCGGAAAAGAUUGUAAAAAGGUAGACGGCCGAGGGGGUGAAUCGUGUAGAGAGGCACGAGUAACCAAAACCCCUAAGCAAGGAGAAGAAACAGCCUUUGUUGCCCUCCAGAUUAUGUGAGAGCGCACUACAGCUGAUGCUAGACGCUGAGAAAAUGUGCGGAAGGGGCAUGAUAUGCCAAUGGGAGGUCUACAGCAAUAGACCCUCCAUCAAGGAGACGGAGAAACCCAAGAGCGUGUCAAGGAGAACCAACGGCGGCGCUAAACAGAAGUGGCAAAAAUGGGGAAGGAGGCCUGGGAGAAGGGCGCACUAUCCAGAAAUGCGCAGAAAUCGAGCAAGAUUGUCUCGGUGGUCUGGCACUCUGGUUUCAUUGCGUCCUGCCAACGUUCAAGGCAACCGAGCGCCUGGCAUGAGAGCGCCCAGGAACACCAACCAGUUCCUCAUGCACGAGAAAUACCAGAUGAUGCACAUGCGAUCGGACUCUGUUGGCACCGACAGCGGGUCCGACUGCGAAAUGGACUUUGCGGAUAUGGACUCGUACCUGGGCGUUCUGGAGAACGCUAGAGGCGCACUUUUGGACAGUCCAGAUCUGCCUUCGCCACCCACAUUUUACGCUCGACAGAGGAACCAAUGCCAGCCGUUUUCCUUCUUCAGCUUCAAUCAAGAGGAAAGCAUGCAGUAUUUCCCAUCAGAAGACGAUAUGAUGCAAAGCGAAGACUUCAUGCAAAGGGACUUCAAAGAAUUCUGUGACACUGUGGCACCAUGUAUUUAGACACCUGCCACAGGUAACGUGUUUACAUCACUUCGGUGGAUUUCUGAACUGUUUUUACCAACUAAAUCUGUUGAUUGCAAUGUGAGAGGCAUUUCUUUGUUUGUUUGUUCUGUGAUGUGUUAUGAUUGGGGGGGGAAAGGGUCCAGAGUAGGAGUGUGACCAGCCAGCCAAUCACCAUCGAGCUCAUUUGCUCGCUCUUGACAAACAUAGCAGCGGUUUGUACUGCAAAACUAAAUCCUAUGUGAAUGUUUUUCAUAAUAAAUCGACAUUUUGCUACA